AUUAUUUUUUAAAACCUCACAAAUCACUUAGAUAUUUCCAUUUUGCACAUGUAUGCACAUUAUGAUUAGUUUUAUUAGAUUUAAAAGUCAAAUUAAUUAAGUGAUUAUCAUCUCAAUAUAUGUCCCAAAAACAUUUAUAAACCGGUGUCAGGGGGAAUUUAGUAUAAAUUCUGAAUUUGCCUGAGUAUCCAAGCUCACGCAAUCCAAUUAUAUAGUAGGAUAAUAUACAUCUUUUACAUCCACAUUAAUAUCUUUUUCAAACCAUUUUUAAAAUUGAACUAUAGUUAAUUUACAAUGUUGUGUUAGUUUCAGGUGUACAGCAAAGUGAUUCCGUUUAUAUAUACAUUCUUUUUCAGAUUUUUUCCAUUAUAGGUUACUAUAAAAUAUUGAAUAUAGUUCCCUGUGCUAUACAGUAGGUCCUUGUUUAUCUAUUUUAUAUUAUAGGAGUGUGUAUAUGUUAAUCCAAAACUCCUAAUUUAUCCCCCACCCGAUCCCCUUUGGUAACCAUAAGUUUGUUUUCUAUGUCUGUGAGCAUAUCAAUAUCUUUUAAUAUGCUGUAAUAAAUUAUUCUGCAGAAAACAGCCAAAUUAUUUGCACAGUAAAAUUUCAGGUCUGAAAUAAUAUUAGGACCUGCUAGUUUGUCCCAACUUGCUUAACAGCUAAAAUAAAAUGAAUAUACUCAGUUGAAUACAUUCAAUCAGCAUUGUGCAAAAUUGCCACACAUCUUGACAAAGCGAACUUUUCUGACACUAAACGUCUAAAUAUCUUAAAAUUUCAAGACCAACAUAUUCACACAAGUGAUUUCUAGUAAUUUAAAAACCUUGGUUCAGUUUUUGGUAAUGUAAGCUGCUCGCUGAUAUGGGAAAGGAUGAACCAAGCCAUCCGCCCACCCCCACCUUGUUAUUCUUUUGGGGACAGCCCGGCCACUCCAGAUGGUGUAUUAGUGUUGGACAUAGCUUUGGAGAAACUUCCAACAGACGAAGGCUGUAAUGUCAGGAUUUUGCCGUGCGUCGUCCCCCUUCCCCCCUGCAGUUCCCAGGGUAGGAAGGUGCUGAGAUGGAAGCCGAGGGACGCCCGCCCACCUGCCACCACCUGUUUGCCUCCUUCAGCCCUCUGCUAUAAAUUCUCCUCCUUCAAAGAUUCAUCCAGCACUCUCCGACAGCUACUGCGGAAGAAGCGCUCCUUUCCUCUCUGAGCUUGGGGAAAGAUUUUGUCUUCCAGAAAAGAAGUCUCGGGCUUUCCCAGAGGACUUGAAAGACAUAUCCCCGAACCAGCGACACCAAUUCUGCUGCAGGAAAGUUCCCUUCUCUUUUUCAAUUUCACGUUGGGAAAAUGACUUUCUCUUCCACAUCUCAAUUUCCCCUAAACUUUGGCAAGUGAAGAGACAUCAAUCUGGUUAUCCAAUAGGACAGAGGGCGGGGCCCCGCACUCCCACUACAAACUUCGAUUCCACACGGUUGCUUUGUGCAUGACUUAUUUGCUACGAAGAGCCAAGUUGCAGAGCGGCUCCAUAUACCAGCCCACGCACAGGUCCUGAGCAGACCAGAGAGCUCGCCUCCUCCCUCUGUCCAGCGGGGGAUGAAGUCCUGCAAGCCCAGCAACCCGGCGGCGGGAGCGCGUGGCGCGCCCCCGUGCGUGGGCGGCGCCGAGUGCGCGGGUACGUGCGCCGGGGAGGGGCGGCUGGAGAGCGCGGCGCGCAGGCGCCUAGCGGCCAACGCGCGCGAGCGUCGCCGCAUGCAGGGGCUCAACACGGCUUUCGACCGUCUGCGCAGGGUGGUACCCCAAUGGGGCCAGGAUAAAAAACUGUCCAAGUACGAGACCCUGCAGAUGGCGCUGAGCUACAUCAUGGCUCUGACCCGCAUCCUGGCCGAGGCAGAGCGAUUCGGCUCCGAGCGGGACUGGGUCAAUCUCCACUGUGAGCACUUCGGCCGAGACCACUACCUUCCGUUCGCGGGCGCGAAGCUGCCGGGCGAGAGCGAGCCCUACGGCCAAAGGCUCUUCGGCUUCCAGCCCGAGCCCUUCCAGAUGGCCAGUUAGGACGCGCGACCCUGCCGGAAUGAGACGCCCAGUGAUCCGCGCUCUGGAGCCGUAACCUUCCCCCAAGUAGCUGGUUGGGUUAUCGGUGGCGUAGGAUGCAUUCUUAGAAUAAAAUUAGCAAAUUUCCAGGUUACUUUUAUUCGCAUCCCCAGUCCUAGGGACGCAAUGACUUUAUUGCUUUUCUUUUAUUCCUCCUUAGUAUGUUGUAGAUUUCAUUAAUGGAUCUUGGAAUGGUUUUGAUUGCUGAAAGUAAUGCCCCCUCCCCCUUUUCUGGACUACCUUGAGAGAAAACAAUCUUAAGAAAAAUAGGAUUAGGUUAUACUGCAGGUUUAGCCCUUACUUUCUUAAACUUUGUAAGUUUGUCCUGUUAGGGUGAAGUUACAGUAUCUAUUACUUGUGUAUACUUAAUAGAGAGCUGCCUUCCUGUCUUGUAAAUGCAGUUAUGCUUAGUGCAUUGUGUGUGCAUGCAUGAAGUAGUAGAAAGUUUUCUUCUUUUUUUUGGUAGAGUACAUGGGCGUGAGUGCUCUGUAUUUUUAAAACUGUGUAUACAUUAUUAAAAUAUAGAUUUUGUAAAAUAUAAUUAAAAA